UACUUCUUUUUCUCUGUCUUCUUCCUCAUCUGCCUCUUCCCUCAGUGCGGCAGUUCCUCAUUUCCCUCUCCCUCAGUUCCUCACUUCCUCCUCCUCCCCACUAGUUCCUCUACUCAGUUCUAGUGCACAGCGGCUUCUUUCCCCAACGCAUCUUGAUCUCCUUCACAUUAGCCACGCUUCUAACGUCGCCGACCAAGAGGAUCCGCGUCGCCGGAGACACGUCGGGGAUCUGGGCACCUAGAGCUCGCCUCUCCUGCUAGAUCUAGAGGUUUUGAUUAAUGGCUGCUCUUCCUAGCGCAGCAACCCUAUCAAAGCCACAACCUUUUCUCUCUCUCCAUCCCCAGUUUCUCAAAUUCCAAAACCAGCUUCCAAGUCGAAGGUCUGCUUCUGGAAUCUGGAGGUGAUGAGCUCCGGCCGUCUCGACUGAUGUCAUACUACUCGAUACUGGAAUUUUGGGUUCGAUCAUUGUUUGAUGAUAUUGAACAUCUAGGUACUUAAUUUGUGUAAAAUUUAGAAAUUUUUAGAAGCGAUUUUUGUGAUCUUGAACUCAGGGUGUUGGACCCAUAACAACAGCAAAAGCAAGCUAGUAGCCCUCCCUAUAAAUAACCAGCAUCUGUAAACAAGGAUAUACACAUAGUUUUAGAAAACACAAGCAUCUAAAAUGGCUUCCGCUUAUCAUCACAAGCCUCAUGCUGUUUGUAUUCCAGUUCCAGCUCAAAGCCACAUAAAGGCUAUGCUUAAAUUAACCAAAAUCCUCCACCACAGGGGCUUUCACAUCACCUUUGUCAACACAGAAUUCAACCACAAACGAUUUCUCAAGUCUCGAGGACUCAAAUCCCUCGAUGGCUUACCUGAUUUUUACUUUGAAGCCAUCCCUGAUGGCAUUCCAGAAUCAGGUGAAGAUGCCACCCAAAAAGGCACUUUGAUUCUUGACUCCAUCAGAAAUCAUCUCUUGGCUCCAUUUCGUGACCUCCUGAUAAAACUCAACAGUACUAGUCCUCCAGUGACUUGCAUUGUUUCAGAUGGUUUCAUGUCCGCUUUUACUAUAACAGCUGCAGAAGAACUUGGAAUCCCUAUCGCAUUGUUCUACACUAUUUCUGCCUGCAGCUUCAUGGGAUUCAGGAAUUUCCGUACUUUGCUUCAGAAAGGGCUUGCACCACUUAAAGAUGAGACCUGUGUGACAAAUGGUUUUCUGGACAACGUUAUAGAAUGGAUUCCAGAAAAGAAAGAUAUCCGUUUAAGGGAUCUACCAAGCUAUUGUCGAACUACAGAUCCAGAUGACAUCCGCUUCAACACCGCCAUGGAAGCAGUCGAAAACGCAAAUAAAGCUUCAGCUGUUGUUCUUCUCACAUUUGAUGCUUUGGAGAAAGAGGUUUUGGAAGCUCUCUCCUCAUCUAUUUCUCCACCUGUUUAUACAAUUGGUCCUCUCCAAUUGCUUCUAAAUCAAAUACCGGAAGACCCUUUGAAGCCUCUGGGAUACAGUCUUUGGAAGGAGGAAACGGACUGUCUCCAAUGGCUAAACUGCAAAGCACCGAACUCAAUUGUUUAUGUCAAUUUUGGAAGUAUUGCGGUUUUGACACCGGAACAGCUUCUCGAGUUUGGUUGGGGACUUGCAAAUACCAAGCUCCCCUUCUUCUGGGUUAUUAGGCCUGAUUUGGUUGCUGGAAAAUUGGCAAUCUUGCCGCCAGAGUUUGAAGCUGAAACCAAAGACAGAGGUCUAAUAGCAAGUUGGUGUCCUCAAGAAGAAGUCCUAAACCAUCCAUCAGUUGGAGGGUUUUUAACACACAGCGGUUGGAAUUCAACCAUUGAGAGUAUUACCGCUGGAGUGCCAAUGCUGUGUUGGCCAUUCUCUGCAGACCAGCCAACAAACAGUUACUACACUUGCAACGAUUGGGGCAUUGGGACGGAGAUUACUAAUGAUGUCAAGAGAGACGAUGUAGAGAAGAUUGUCAAAGAAUUAAUGGGGGACGACAAGGGUAAGAAGAUGAAAAACAGGGCAUUGCAGUGGAAGAAACUAGCUGAAGAAGCCACUGCUCCGCAUGGUUCUUCAUCAAAAAACUUGGACAAUUUGGUAAAGCAAGUCCUAUUAAGAAAGCGCACUUAGUUUUAAUCUUUAUUUCCUCUGUUUAAUUAACUAAAACGAUGUACUUGGCAUGUUCCAAUAUAUUAAAAAUAACAUAUUUACAUUAACUUUAA